UCGGUUAAAAACACACACACACAGAGAGAGGCACAGACACACACAGAUAGAGGUGCUCAGGGAUCUGCGGUUUAAACCACUGUCAGAGAACAGGAGUUAAAGUCGCAGCUCGAUCGGAUCAGUCGAGAAAACGUCUUCGUCCUUGGCUACAACACGAAGCGGAUCCGGUUGUGGAGAUUUUACCUCAGUCAGCGGGAGACGGGCUUGUUUCUGCGAUGGAGUUUCCAGAUUUAGGCGAACACUGCUCUGAGAAUACCUGCAAACGUUUAGAUUUUCUUCCCAUGAGAUGUGACGCCUGUCAAGAGAUUUUCUGCAAGGAUCACAUAACCUAUGCAACUCACCAAUGCACGUCGUCCUAUAAAAAGGACAUUCAGGUCCCAGUGUGUCCUUUGUGCAACAUCCCCAUUCCCAUCAAGAGAGGGGAGAUGCCUGACAUUAAAGUCGGGGAACACAUUGACCGUGACUGCAAAUCGGAUCCUGCACAGAGAAAGAGAAAGAUUUUCACAAAUAGAUGUUCUAAAGGAGGCUGUAAGCAGAAGGAAAUGAUUCGCGUGACCUGCGACCAGUGCCAUUUAAAUUACUGUCUUAAACACCGGCAUUCACUUGACCAUGAUUGUAAGACUGGCGGGCAAACGGCAAAACCUCUGUCCAAACCUGGCAAUGCUGCUGCAAAGAGAGCCCAAAGUGCUUCCUCUACCUCCACCUCUGCCUCCUGCUCCGGUUCAUCUGCUGCUUCAGGGAACAUUAGACCUGUUCCUAACGGUGUGAUGGCAAACACCAGAGGCCACAACAGUGGCACCACCCAGCGGAUCCCCACUUCUGUUUCCGCACAGAGCGUUAUACCGCCUUCAGCUUCAUUUCAGGCCGGCAUGACGGAGGAGCAGGCUUUACAAAGGGCUCUGGAGAUGUCUCUGGCUGAGUCGAGGCCGCCAGUGCAGCCGGCCCUCAGCCCUCAGGAGCAGGAGGAUCUGGCUCUCGCUCAGGCUCUCGCUGCCAGUGAAGAAGAAUUCCGACGCCAGCAGCAGAGACAACAGGUACCCGGAAAGCUUAGCCGACAUUAGCAUGCUAGCAUGCUAACAUACCAUCACAUGGGAGAGAGACCAAACAGUCCAACUGCAGCCUUUCUUAGACACAGGCCACCAUUUAAACUUGGAGCUCUGCUAUUUUAUCUAAUAGACACUGCACAUCUGGGAUUUCAAUAUCCACGAUCAAUGAUUGUCACAUGAAGAAAUUCUCUUGGAAGUUGCUCAGAUUUUACCGCCUUCAAUAAUAUAAGCACAUACCUUCCCAGCAGGAACCGUCAUUUUUACCAAUGAUUUGCUCUGUAUCUAUUUUAUAUGCUGAUUGGGAUUAAUCCAUUAUAUUACCAUAUAUGAAUAUUGAAUAAAUUAUUUCAAAGAUG